UUCUCUCCAAAGCCUAACAUAUAGGUACACCACGCUAUAUAAAUCAGUAUUCUGCACCUGCAAAUCACCAACAAACAUAACAGAAACCCUAAUUUCAUCAAAACCCACCUCAUAUUGCCUAUAUGCCGUCUUCUUCUUCUUCUUCUUCUUCUUCUGCCCUCCAAUGGUUAAGCCUAGUGGGAAUCAUAUGGCUUCAGUCCAUCAAUGGAACCAACACCAACUUCCCAGCUUACUCCUCCCAGCUCAAAAACGUCCUCUCCAUGUCCCAACUAGAGCUCAACAACCUCGCGUUCGCCUCAGACGCUGGAAAAUUCCUUGGUUGGUUUUCAGGCAUUGCUGCCAUCUACUUACCGCUCUGGCUAGUCCUCAUGAUCGGUUCGCUUCUCGGUCUAAUCGGGUACGGUGUCCAGUUCCUCUUCAUCACAAACCAAAUCUCAUCUCCUUCCUAUUGGCAGAUUUUCUUGCUAACUGUUAUGGCUGGGAAUAGCAUUUGCUGGAUCAACACUGUGUGCUAUGUUGUUUGCAUUAGAAACUUCCCAUGUCAUCAACAAAUUGCCGUGGGGAUAACAACGAGUUACCAAGGAUUGAGUGCCAAGAUUUAUACAGAUAUUGUUGGCGCUGUAUUUUCGUCUUCACCUCAUAGAAGAGCCAAGGCCUACUUAUUUCUCAACUCUCUUUUGCCACUUGUUGUUUGUGUUAUCGUCAUGCCAUUGGUUCGAGACAUUGAUUUGAUGGGAAGGCAAAGGAACAUGGAAGCUGGGUUUAUCUUCAUGUUUGUGAUAACAAUUGCCACGGGAAUCUACGCGGUGAUCAGCAGUUUAGGGUCCACGUCUGGCGGGUUAUCUCCCCUACACAAUGUAAUAGGCACCGGAGUAUUCCUGUUAAUCCCGUUGGUGAUUCCAAUUGUUGAGAAAAUGAGGGAAAUAAUGUCAAGAAAAUGGAACGUAAACAGAGAGAGAAGAGUAUAUAAUUUUACCAUAGAAGAGACGAACAACGAAAUGGGGAGCUUGGAGAAUGGGGCAGUGAAGGAGGGAGAAGAAAUAGAGGCUAGCCAAGUUCAUGAAGUUCGUGUUAGGGAGGAGAUUGGAGUGAAGUUGAUGGUGACAAGGAUUGAUUUUUGGUUAUAUUUAUUUGUGUAUUUUUUCAGUGCAACACUUGGGUUGGUGUUCUUGAACAACUUGGGACAGAUUGCAGAGUCCAGGGGCUCAUCUAGGACUUCUUCUCUAGUCUCUUUAUCCUCUUCAUUUGGGUUUUUUGGCCGUCUCAUGCCUUCUCUUUUGGACUAUUUCUUCUCAAGGAGUAAGUACAUGAUUUCAAGACCAGCAUUAAUAGUUGCAUUAAUGGCACCAAUAGCAGGAGCUUUCUUCUUGCUUCUCAACCCAGCCAACCUCUCCCUUUUCAUCAGCACAGCAAUUAUAGGAGUGUGUGCUGGAGCAAUUACUUCAAUCGCAGUGUCCAUAACCACAGAGCUGUUUGGGACCAAGAAUUUCUCAGUGAACCACAAUGUGGUGGUGGCCAACAUAUCAAUCGGGUCUUUUGUGUUUGGGUACAUGUCUGCUAUUUUUUAUCACAAGGAUGGAAAUCAUGAUGGGGAUGGGAAGUGCAUGGGAAUGGCUUGCUACAGAAGCACUUUUAUUAUAUGGGGCUGCCUUUGUUUUCUGGGCAGUGGCCUAGCUUUAAUGCUCUACGCACGAACACGAAAGUUCUACUCCCAAAGAUCGUAGAUUGUGAUUUUUAGGGUUUUAAUGUUUUAGUAUUUUACUUUUUCUUAAAAAAGCUUAAAGGUAGAAAGAAAAGAAAAGAAAAGUACAGCUAUUAAUACAGCAUAGAAACUGGUUAGAUGUUGAUCUAACUUUGUAGAAAGUAGGUUAAUGACAAACCUGUAUUGUUACACAAAUAUUAUUAUUUUCUGCAUAUAAUUUGUUGUUGAUGAUGAACUCCUAAGGAGUACAAUUGAA